AUGGUUUGGAUGGCCUCCCGAAGACAACGGUACAUGAUGAGGCACCCGGGGGAUGAUGACUCCGACCAAGUCAUGAUGAGCUCUUCGACAAAGAAUGACGCCUUUGCCGUGACGAAUUCAAUGGCAAGGGCCGACGCAAUCACCAUGGAACUCACGCAACAGAGACAAAAACAGAGACGGUUCGAAGAGAUGGCCCAGACGUCAGUUUCUGGCGGUGACGCCGACACAGAAGCAGUGCUCCCCGAAUUACGAGUCACGUCACAGACUGGUAUAUGGACGGUGAGCGAUAUCCUCGAACUCGUCAAGCAUCUCAUCCAAUACGGCGACCGUUGCGCUCGCUACCAGGAUGCUGUGACAACAGUGCCUGCCAAAAGGGACAUCCACGAGAAACCACCUGAACCUCCAGCCAAGCCAGUAGACCUGCACAACAUCGAAGACCUAACCUUUGAAUUAUUUUCCACCGUCAUCCGGCUCGCUCUGGCGCUGCAAGACCACGGGACGACUUUCAAGAAGCUCGCCCGCCCAGUCCAGCUUCUCGCUACCGUGCGGCUUGAGCGUAUCAAACAGCUCGACGCUCUCUGCGAAAGAGCAUUUCCAUCUUCCUCCUCUGCUUGCAAGCAUACCUGCGAAUCUUGCAACAGCAAGAGUAAUAACAAUAAUGCACAUGUACCGACCGAGACCAACUCCGACAUGGAUAGCCAGAAGGUAGCCGUUGCAGUAGCCCAGCAGGUUGAGCAACUCAUCGCGAACAAGCUUGACGCAGCGCAGAGUGCCAUAGUUCAGGAUUUCCAGAGUCAUGUUUCAGCAGCAAUCAAGGAGGAGGUCGCUCGCCUAGUGGAACAGGUGGAACGAGAUAUGGUGCAAAAGAUUAAAGACGAGGUGCAACGGCGGCUGGCAGAAGCCCAGGCAGACCAACCAUAG